AUGAGUGCAGUGGGCUUGGUACUCCUGGUGCUUGCUCUGAGGCUUAGGGCCACCACUGCUAAGCCAGAGGAAGGCAGCUUUUGCUCUAAGAGCCAGGUGGCCUUCAGAGAUGCUUGCUAUGAAUUUGUGCCACUCGGACGCACCUUCCGUGAUGCCCAGAGCUGGUGCGAGGGGCAAGGAGGCCAUUUGGUCUUCAUUCAGGAUGAAGGCACCCAGCGGUUUCUGCAGAAGCACAUCUCCCAGGACAGGGAAUGGUGGAUUGGACUCACGUGGAACUUGGCACGGAAUGGAACCACGGAGGGGCCGGGGACUUGGUUGGACACCUCCAAUGUGACCUACAGCAAUUGGCAUGGAGGGCAGGCCGCCGCUGCCCCUGACACCUGCGGCCACAUCGGGAGAGGCCCUUCCUCUGAGUGGGUGGCCUCGGACUGCGCCCAGACCUUCGCCUUCGUGUGCGAGUUCCGGGUUGGCCAGAGCCUGGCCUACAAGGGACUCAAUGCCACCAUGCACUGUGGCUUGGGGCAGGUCAUCCAGGUCCAGGAUGCCGUCUACGGGCGCCAGAACCCCCAUUUCUGCACCCAGGAUGCCGGGCGUCCUUCAGAUCUGGAGCAGGGAUGCAGCUGGGCCAACGUCAAGGAGGAGAUGGCAGGCCAGUGCCAGGGGCUACAGCCAUGCCAGGUGGCAGCAGAUGGGACCUAUUUUGGAAACCUGUGUCCGACUCAGGGCAGUUACCUGUGGGUGCAGUACCAGUGCCGGGAAGCCCUGCAGCUGAUGGUGUCCAGUGAGAGUUUUAUCUUUGACAAUGUCACCAUCUCCCUGACGUGGCUCCUCUCACCCUACAUAGGAAAUCUGUCCUGUAUAAUUAGUACAGGAGACAGCCACACUUUUGAUCCCUACAAGCUGCCGAGCAAUGUGACCCACCAGUUCACAUCUCCUGGGGAAUUCACUGUGUUUGCUGAAUGCACAACCAGUGAGUGGCAUGUGACAGCUCAGAGGCAGGUGACCGUGCGAGACAAGAUGGAGAGGCUCAGUGUGACUGCAUGCUCCGGCCUGUCCCAGUCAGGAGCCGGCCCUCUCUGCCAGGCUGUCUUUGGGGAUCCUCUGUGGAUUCAGAUGGAGCUUGAUGGAGGAACAGGAGUGACUUACACUGUGCUUUUGGGUGACAUAACCCUGGCUGAGUCCAUCACCCAAAAGGGCUCGCUACCGUACAAUCUGACCCUGGACAGAGAAACCCAGAAACUGAUGGGCCCUGUGAGGCACCGCCUGGAGAUCCAAGCCACCAGCACCACCACCACCUCUACAAUCUCCAGGAACAUCACAGUUCACUUGGUGGAGCCGCUGUCAGGGCUGCAGGCCUCCUGGGCUUCUGACCAUUUGGAGCUUGGACAGGACCUAUUGAUCAACAUCUCAUUGGCUCAGGGCACCCCGGAAGAGCUGAGCUUUGAGGUGGCAGGACUCAAUGCAACCUUCUCCCACGAGCAAGUGAGCUUUGGAGAGCCAUUUGGGAUUUACCGCCUGGCUGUUCCAGUUGAAGGCACCUUUCUGGUCACCAUGCUGGUGAGGAAUGCCUUCUCCAACCUGAGUUUGGAAAUCGGGAACAUCACUAUCACAGCCCCUUCCGGUCUCCAAGAACCAUCUGGGAUGAAUGCCGAAGGAAAGAGUAAAGAUAAAGGCGAUAUGGAGGUGUAUAUCCAACCUGGUCCAUAUGUGGAUCCUUUCACAACAGUGACCCUGGACUGGCCAGACAAUGACAAGGAGUUACGCUUCCAAUGGUCAUGUGGGCCUUGCUGGGCUCAGUGAAGCGGCUGUGUUGAGAGGCAGCUGCUUCGCACAGACCAGAGGGAGCUGGUGGUUCCAGCAUCCUGCCUGCCGCCGCCUGACUCUGCUGUCACCCUGCGCCUGGCUGUUCUGAGAGGCCAAGAGCUGGAGAACAGGGCAGAGCAGUGCCUCUACGUGUCUACGCCCUGGGAACUCAGGCCUCGAGUCAGCUGUGAGAGGAACUGCAGGCCAGUUAAUGCCAGCGAAGACAUUCUGCUCAGGGUCACCAUGGGGGAGGACUCCCCAGUGGCUAUGUUUACCUGGUAUUUGGACAACACCCCAACAGAGCAGGCCGAGCCCCUCCCGGAUGCCUGCAGACUCAGAGAAUUUUGGCCAAGGUCCUUAACCCUCCUCCAGAGCAACACCUCCACGUUGCUGCUGAACAGCUCGUUUCCGCAGUCCCGGGGAGAGGUCAUCCGAAUCAGAGCCACAGCACUGACCAGGCACGCCUAUGGGGAGGACACCUAUGUGAUCAGCACUCUGCCUUCCCCUGAGGUGCCUGCCUGCACUAUUGCCCCAGAGGAGGGCACCGUUCUGACGAGCUUUGCCAUCUUCUGCAAUGCCUCCGCAGCCCUGGGACCCCUGGAGUUCUGCUUCUGUCUGGAAUCAGGUUCCUGCCUACACUGUGGCCCUGAAACUGCCCUCCCAUCAGUGUAUCUGCCACUUGGAAAGGAGAACAAUGACUUUGUGCUGACAGUAGUUAUUUCUGCCACCAAUCGUGCAGGGGACACACAGCAGACCCAGGCCGUGGCUAAGGUGGCACUCGGAGACACAUGUGUUGAGGAUGUAGCAUUCCAGGCUGCCUUGUCAGAGAAAAUCCCCACAGCUCUGCAAGGCGAGGGUGGCCCCGAGCAGCUCCUCCAGCUGGCCAAGGCUGUGUCCUCCGUGCUGAACCAAGAGCAUGAAAGCCAGGGCUCAGGACAGUCACUGAGCAUGGACGUCAGAUAGAAGGUCAGAGAGCAUGUGCUGGGAUCACAGUCUGCAGUCACCACCGGCUUGGAGGACGUGCAGAGGGUGCAGGAGCUGGCCGAGGUGCUGAGAGAGGUGACCUGCCGGAGUAAGGAACUCACACCCUCGGCCCAGUGGGAGGCCAGCUUGGCUCUACAGCAUGCCAGUGAGGCCCUGUUGACAGUGAGUGCCAAGGCCCGCCCUGAGGACCAGAGGCGCCAGGCAGCCACCAGGGACCUGUUUCAGGCUGUGGGCAGUGUGCUGGAAGCUUCCCUGAGCAACAGACCAGAAGAGCCUGCGGAGGCCAGCAGCAGCCAGAUUGCCACAGUGCCGCGGCUGCUUGGAGUUGUGGAGCAUGUGCAGACCGCCCUCCUGCUGGGAAAACUGCCAGGGGGCCUUCCAGCCAUGCUGGCCACCCCCUCCAUCUCUGUGUACACAAACAGAAUACAACCCUGGAGUUGGCAAGGCUCCUCCCUGCGCACUGAUGCCGCAGACUCUGCAACCUUCACGCUGCCCACUGCCUCCUCCCUCGGCUCUCUGGAGGACGGCCAGGAGCCGGUGGAUAUAAAGAUGAUGAGUUUCCCAAAGAGCCCCUUUCCAGCCCGAAGCCACUUUGAUAUCAGCGGGACUGUCGGUGGCCUCCCUGUGACCAGCCCUAGUGGUCAACUCAUACCUGUGAAGAAUCUGUAGGAGAAUAUCGAGAUCCUGCUGCCCCGGCAUUCACAAAGACACAGCCAGCCGACCGUGUUGAACCUGACCAGUCCUGAAGCUUUGUGGGUGAACGUGACUUCAGGGGAGGCAACCUUGGGGAUCCAGCUGCACUGGAGACCGGACAUUGCACUCACGCUUAGCCUGGGCUAUGGCUACCACCCCAACAAGAGCAGCUACGAUGCCCAAACUCACCUCGUACCUUUGGUGGCUCCAGAUGAGCUGCCCACGUGGAUCCUGAGCCCACAGGACCUGCGUUUUGGAGAAGAGGUCUACUAUUUGACUGUGGUCCCUGAGUCUGACCUGGAGCCAGCCCCCGGCAGGGACCUCACAGUUGGCAUCACCACCUUCCUGUCUCACUGUGUGUUCUGGGAUGAGGUCCAGGAGACUUGGGACGACUCAGGGUGCCAGGUGGGGCCUCGGACCAGCCCCUACCAGACACACUGCCUCUGCAACCACCUCACUUUCUUUGGAAGCACAUUCCUGGUGAUGCCCAAUGCCAUCGACAUCCACCAGACUGCUGAGCUCUUUGCCACCUUCGAGGACAACCCUGUGGUCGUGACCACCGUGGGCUGCCUGUGUGUGGUCUACGUGCUGGUGGUGAUCUGGGCGAGGAGGAAGGACGCUCAGGAUCAGGCCAAGGUGAAGGUCACAGUGCUGGAAGACAAUGAUCCCUUUGCUCAGUACCACUACCUGGUGACAGUCUACACAGGACACCGACGAGGGGCAGCCACGUCCUCAAAGGUGACUGUCACCCUGUAUGGCCUGGAUGGAGAGAGUGAGCCCCACCACCUGGCUGAUCCCGACACUCCGGUUUUUGAGCGAGGAGCAGUGGAUGCCUUCCUCCUCUCCACCCUGUUCCCCCUGGGGGAACUGCGGAGCCUCCGGCUGUGGCAUGACAACCCAGGGGACCGGCCAUCGUGGUAUGUGAGCUGGGUGCUGGUCUAUGACCUGGCGAUGGACCGGAAGUGGUAUUUCCUGUGCAACUCCUGGCUAUCCAUCAAUGUUGGAGAUUGUCUCCUCGACAAGGUGUUUCCGGCCACGGAGCAGGACAGAAAACAAUUCAGCCACCUGUUUUUCAUGAAGACUUCCGCGGGCUUCCAGGAUGGACACAUCUGGUACUUGAUCUUCAGCCGCUGCACUCGCAGCAGCUUCACCCGUGUCCAGAGGGUGUCCUGCUGCUUCUCCCUGCUGCUGUGCAAUCUGACCAGCAUCAUGUUCUGGGGGGUCCCCAAGGACCCAGCUGAGCAAAAGAUGGACUUGGGUAAAAUUGAAUUCACCUGGCAGGAGGUGAUGAUUGGCCUGGAGAGCUCCAUCCUCAUGUUCCCCAUCAACCUCCUGAUUGUUCAGAUCUUUCGGAACACCUGUCCCCGGGUCGCGAAGGAGCAGAACACUGGGAAAUGGGACCGGGGGUCCCCCAACCUGACUCCCUCCCCACAGCCCGUGGAGGACGGCCUUCUGACACCUGAGGCAGUGACCAAGCAUGUAUCAAGAAUCGUCAGCUCCCUCUUCAAAGCUCUCAAGGUGCCAUCCCCCGCCUUGGGCUGGGACUCAGUGAACUUGAUGGACAUCAACAGUCUCUUCGCCUUGGUGGAAGAUGUCAUUUGUCCACAGAACACAUCAGGGCAGGUGUUCUGGGAGGAAGCCAGAAAGAGAGAGGACCCUGUAAGACUCACUUUGGGGUCAUCAGAAAUGAAAGAGAAAUCGCAGUGUCCCAAGCCCAAGGCGGCACAGAGUGGCCCCUGGAAGGACAGCGUCUACAGGCAGUGUCUGUACCUUCAGCUGGAACACGUGGAGCAAGAGCUGCGGCUGGUGGGGCCCCGAGGCUUCCCCCAGCCCCACAGCCAUGACCGGGCCCUCAGGCAGCUGCAGACCCUGAAGGGCGGCCUGGGGGUACAGCCGGGCACCUGGGCCCCUGCACAUGCCAGCGCUCUUCGGGUGAGCAAACCCCCUCAAGGCCUGCCCUGGUGGUGCAUCCUGGUGGGCUGGCUCCUGGUAGCGGCCACCAGUGGCGUGGCGGCCUUCUUCACCAUGCUCUACGGCCUGCACUACGGGAGGGCCAGCUCCCUCAGGUGGCUCAUCUCCUUGGCUGUCUCCUUCGUGGAGAGCGUGUUCGUCACCCAGCCCCUGAAGGUGCUGGGAUUGGCUGCUUUCUUUGCACUGGUCUUGAAGAGAGUGGACGAUGAGGAGGAUACUGUGGCCCUGCUGCCAGGACAUCUGUUGGGCCCAGACCCCUAUGCCUUGUUCUGAGCACGAAGAAACAGCAGCUGGGAUGUCUACCAGCCACCUCUCACUGCUGCCAUUGAGAAGAUGAAAACCACCCACCUAAAGGAACAGAAAGCAUUUGCCCUCAUCAGAGAAAUCCUGGCAUACUUGGGCUUCCUGUGGAUGCUACUGCUCGUGGCCUACGGGCAGAGGGACCCCAGCGCCUACCACCUCAACAGACACCUCCAGCACAGCUUCACCAGGGGCUUUUCAGGUGUGCUCGGCUUCCGAGAGUUCUUCGAGUGGGCCAACACCACCCUCGUGAGCAACCUGUAUGGUCACCCCCCAGGCUUUAUCACUGAUGGGAACUCCAAGCUGGUUGGCAGUGCCCAGAUUCGUCAAGUGAGGGUCCGGGAAAGCUCUUGCCCUCUUGCCCAGCAGCUGCAGGCGUCUCUCAACAGAUGUCAUGCACCAUAUUCCCUGGAUGCUGAAGACAUGGCAGACUAUGGGGAAGGCUGGAAUGCCACCGCCCUCAGUAAUGGCAGUAGCUUUCUCCAGGCUUGGCAGUACCAGAGCCAGGACCAAUGUCAAGGGUAUCCCAUCUGGGGCAAACUCACUGUGUACCGGGGAGGAGGCUACGUGGUCCCCUUGGGGACUGAUCGCCAAAGCGCGUCAAGGCACCUUCUUUACGCACGCGGCCCUGCAGAGCCUCCGCCUGUACCCCUUCACCGACGGUUGGCACCCCUUCGUGGUAGCGGCAGAGCUCAUCUACUUCCUCUUCCUCCUCUACUACAUGGUGGUGCAGGGCAAGCGCAUGAGGAAGCAGACGUGGGGCUAUUUCCGCAGCAAGUGGAAUCUUCUGGAGCUGGCCAUCAUCCUGGCCAGCUGGAGUGCCCUGGCGGUGUUUGUGAAGAGGGCUGCCCUGGCCGAAAGGGACCUCCAGCGCUGCCGGAACCACAGGGAGGAUCGAACUUAAUAUUUGGUUGGAAACUCCGUUCCUACAAAACCCUCUUUGAUGCGGCGGAGACGAUGAUCAGCCUUCAGCUGGGAAUCUUCAACUACGAGGAGGUCCUGGACUAUAGUCCAGUGCUUGGCUCCUUCCUCAUUGGGUCCUGCAUCGUUUUUAUGACAUUUGUGGUGCUGAACCUGUUUAUCUCUGUCAUCCUGGUGGCCUUCAGUGAGGAGCAAAAAUACUAUCAGCUGUCGGAGGAAGGGGAGAUCGUAGAUUUGCUGCUGAUGAAGAUACUCAGUUUCCUGGGCAUUAAGUGUAAGAGAGAGGACCCUGGAAGCAGCAGGGAGCAGCUUGGGUCCCUGUCCCAGACUCGCCACUCUCAACCAGCACAAGCUUUGCCCAAGGUCUAAGCUGUUCGUCCACACGCCACCAUCUACCAGUGGGGACGCCCAGGGCCUCGGGCCUACGCUUACCAGCGACUCUAUAGUCUCUCUAGGUCAUAGCUUUCGUGUCCAUUGAAGAAUUACCAAGCCCAGCAAGUAAAAACAUUAGAAUAACAGAGAUAUAUGUAAAAUUGCCAAUACUAUGAGAGCUUCUUUGUUCAAAUGUAUUUCCUCUUAUUAUAAAUAAAACAAAUAUUA